CGGGAACGCGUUCGAAAAACACGCCGAAACACAACCCUUUUGGUUUAAAGUGGUCAAUAUUACUGUUACGUUCACGAGGCCGCACGUUGUCGACACGUCUUGGUUGUGAUAUUUGCAAAACGAAACCGGAAGUUACAUUAACUUAAGAUCUUUUUGUAACGUAACUUAAUCAUUAAUGGUAGUUAUUGCCAAUUGCAACUGAGGCUGCAGCUGCUGCUUCCCCGCUUUUCGUUAGCACGGAAGAGCCGCAUUAAUUAUUAGUUAUUGUUAUUAAUUUAAUGUGCAUGGAAGCCUCGCGCUCUCCGGUGUCUCCAGUGUGCAGGAACGCCGUUCCGCCCUACGGCCACCUUAUCGUCCACGAAAGAUGGAGAGGCUCCGCUCUCGUCGGGGGAUUUAAAGGAGGUGUGAAAGCCAUGUUCGAAGAGCAGCUGGGCCCUGUGGACGUGCAGUUCUCAAGUGCCGCUUCUCUUCUCUACGUGUCCGAAAGCGACUUGGUGGCUGGAAACGGUUAUAAGAGGAAACUUGUUAAAUUCAGAAAUUCCAAGGCUGGUCUCCAAGGCAUCGUGGUUGUGGAGAAGACCCUGCUCAGCAGCCAGUACUUCCCAGCAGUACAGAAAUUUGUGGUGUUCCAGUUAGGCCUCACCUUGCUGCCGGUGUCUGGCCAAACGGAGGCCUCUCGGCUGAUUACGCAGCUGGCUCACGAGAUGAGUAAGGAAACCAGGCAGAAUCCUUUUGUUCGGAAGAGCACCUUGAGGCUGUCGGACCCUCUGGUGUUGGCCCUGAUGUUGAAGAUACCUGGCGUGGGCAGGGCCAAGGCUUUGACCCUGGUCCAGAGCUUUCCCAGCAUUCAUCAGCUGAGCCAUGCCAGCGUCCAAGAGCUCAGGCCGAUAGUCGGGCUGACCACCGCCCAGAACAUCAGGGCCUUCUUCACGCAGAGUUAAUGCGAUCUACAGGGACCUUCCUUCUGCUGGCACUCGCACACCUGGAAACGCUAAAACCCGUUAUGUUUCAGAAGGAUUAAUAGUUUAGAGUUAAGGUUGUUGAACCAGGCAGCUAAACGUUCAUGUUUCAAAAAAUGUUUUAGCUCUCACUGGGGAAGAGAUUGAGCUGAAGAAAGUAGAGGAGAGACGAUACAGCUGCUCAGGCCACGUGCCAUCUCAGGACGGGCGCACACACAGCUACUCUGACGUCGCCUGAAUGAUCUGACCGCAGUGCCAGGCCUAGAAAGUGGAAAAAUGAAUGUGUUAGCAAUCUGAAGUCUAUUACACUUAAAGAGAAUAAAAAUACUUCAGAUGGGAGCUGGAAAACAUCUGGGUUCUUAAUUCUUCCCCCACCCCCCCCCCCUUUUACUUUUAUUUACGUUU